AUGCCUUUCAGAACAAGCAACAGUUCGCUCCACCAUCAAACUCUUUCAAUGCGAAAUACUGCAUUUGUAUCUCCCAUAUUGUUGCAACAUAGGAGAGGAGCUCUCCCGCUUCGGCGUUCGCGAAGUGGACGGCCAAGAUUUCAAACAGCGCCGUUCCCUCUUCCACGGCAAAGAUGCACUUUGAAAUGUACGAGAGAGGUAGAGGUGAAGGGGGUAGGACAGGCAGCUAAUGUUGCACCAGAAACGGAACCAUACCAAGUUCGAGAUUGGCUAUUUAAGUCCUUCAGAGUUCAGUACGCGGUUGCUGGUGAAGAAGACGCAGGCCGCUCGAGCAAGCCUGCCGUAAUUCUUGUGCAUGGUUUUGGGGCCAAUUGCCAGCAUUGGCGUAAAAACUUGAAGCCAUUAGCAGAUAACGGUUGGCGUGUUUAUGCCAUGGAUUUGCUUGGCUUUGGUAUGGGUGAUAAACCAACCCCGGGAACAUUGGACAGUGAUGGAGACCCUGUUAUGUACAACUUUGACUACUGGUCUGUGCAGUUGAAGGCGUUCGUGCAGGACAUCGUCAAGCUGCAUGAGGACGAGCGAGCAUUCUUUGUGGCAAACUCUAUUGGUUCUAUGGUUACCAUGCAAGUCGCCGUUGAAACUCCUGAAUUGUGCGCAGCUCAAGUGUUUAUAUCACCAUCGCUACGUCAACUCAAUGUAAGGAAGAGGAGUUGGGUACAAGACAUAGCAGCCCCGAUUUUCAUGAAGAUUUUGAGCUACCGACCACUGGGGGCCUUCUUUCUAAAUUCACUUGCCCGACCUGAUCAACUGCGCAGAGUAUUGCGAGAGGCCUACGAGGUCGAAGAUGCAGUUGAUGAUGAACUUAUUGAUAUCCUCGGAAAGCCUGCUUAUACAGAUGGCGCACUUGAUGUAUUUCUGGCCUUCAUCAUGUACGAUGAUGGCCCUAUUCCAGAAGACUUCUUAGGCGACCUGACGCAGCCGUCCAUGAUAAUUUGGGGAGAAGAGGAUCGCUUUGAACCGAUAGUUUUGGGUGAGGCUCUUCGUCAUUAUUCCAUUAUUGACCAAUUUGUGAAACUGCCGGACGUCGGUCACUGUGCACAUGACGAAUUGCCAAGUGAAUGUAAUGUGCUCAUCAGUGAAUUCGUGAAAACUAAUAUUGAUAGGGUAUCCCCACCUCUGGCAUAG